CGUGGAGGCCGCUGAGGCCGCCGCGGACGCCACUGGCCCCGCGCUUCUAUUAUAUGCGCCGGAGAGCGCGGAUGCUGGAGGCAGAGCAAGGGCCGCGCGCCCAACCGGCUGCUCAAACACAGACUAACAGGCGUGAGCAAAGGACUGAUGGUCAUCCAUGUCUAAACGCUUAUGGUGGCCCUCGCUCCCAGCAAAAUCUCCGCGUUCCGCACGAGGCUCCAACAAGACAGGGUCCUGACACUCAGCGGUGCCUACAGGUUCAGGACAGUCAGCCUCCUCAACGCGGCCUGCCCUCUCAACGCGGCCUGCCCUCUCAACGCGGCCUGCCCUCUCAACGCGGCCAGCCCUCUCAACGCGGCCAGCCCUCUCAACGCGGCCAGUCCGCUCAACGCGGCCAGUCCGCUCAGUCCUAUCAGCCCAUUCAGUAUGGCAUG